CUCUUGAGCACGUUUUAUUAAACUUGUGUUGAAAUUUGCUUCAAAAUAUUACAGAGUUGACUUUCGAUGGCUCGAACUCGAACGUGAAGCAUUCAAUCUAGUAGGGUAUAUCGUAUGAAAUGAUUGAAUAUGUACUACAUUCUAGAUACGAUGAGUAGUCAAGUUGUGAUCCAAGAGAAGAGAAAACUUAAGUUGUUGUGUCUUCAUGGAUACAGAACAAGUGGUCUCAUACUCGAAACUCAGCUUCAAAAAUGGCCUCAGUUUGUUCUUGAUCAACUUGAUCUGGUUUUCCCAGAUGCGCCUUUUAGGUCUACUGGAAGAUCGCAGGUUGAGGGGUUCUUUGAUCCUCCUUAUUACGAGUGGUUCCAAUCUUCGAACCAGGAAUUUACAGAGUACAUUGAUUUUGAUAAGCCUAUGGAGUAUGUUGAAGAGUGUAUAACUAAGCAUGGACCUAUUGAUGGUCUUCUUGGAUUUUCGCAGGGAUCCAUGUUGGCAGCUGCAUUGGCUGGACUGCAGGCCAAGGGUUUGGCUCUAACUAAAGUGCCAACUCUGAAGUUCUUGAUCAUAAUUAGUGGUGCUAGAUUACUGAAUGAAUCUUGGGCUGAGAAGGCAUUCUCAAACGCAAUCUGUUGCCCGUCUCUGCAUUUCUUAGGCGAGACGGAUUUCCUGAAACCAUACGGGACCGUACUCCUGGAAUCAUUCGUGGAUCCUGUAGUGAUUCAUCAUGGUGAGGGGCACACUAUACCAAGACUAGAUGAAAAGGGUUCGGAGUUGGUGCUGAGCUUCCUGGAAAAGAUACAGAAGGAAGUUGACAACCAGGAUGAACAACAAAGAAGUUUUAGAAGAAGCUCGUUAUGAAAUUGAAAAUUGUAAAUACGUAGUUAAGUUUGAUAUUAAAGUUUUUUUUCAGUUAAAUGAAUAUAUAUUUUUUCAGAA